UUGUGAUAAUUGAUUUUCUCCAUAUCGCCCAGUCCUAUACUGUACGUGACUUAUGCAUGCUUGCAUGUGAGUGUGUUCUGGUUUGGAUGAGAACAGUGUAGUUUCCUCAAAUGAUGGUUAACACCAAGGUUUCUUUCUUAGUCCCCAUGGUUAAAUUAGUUGUUACUGCAUGAGUGGGGUUUUCUAUUUCCCCUUUCAGUUAAGUUCAGCAAAGUGUUUUGCUGCUUUUUAGGUUAGGCACCUAAUUCUCUGGUUACUGAAGUUUUAUUAGUUUUAUAAUAGUCUGUAAUGUAUUAUCUCAAACAGGAGUGAUACACUGUGUUUGUGCCCCUUAAUGAGUUUCCACUGGCAAUUUACAAGUUAUCUCAUGACACUUUAGAGAUAGAGUAGGUCUAGACAACACUCUAUAAUUAACAAAGACCCAAUAAUUGAGAGAGUCUUUAGGAAGACUUCCUACUCUAACUAGUAUUGAAAACGAAAUUAAUAGAUGUAAUGUGUGUAUGUUAUGUAGUAUUCAUAUUCUUAUUGUUUCUGCCAUCGUAAGUUCAUAACAUGAAAACAUCUAAGGAGUGGUGCAAAUCAUCGGGGGGCGGGGCUUGCCUUCUCCUUUUUGGUCAAAUCUUUCAGGGCUGCACCAUGGCUGUGACAGAAGAACAGGCAAAGAGAGCUGCAGAAUGGCGGGAAGACCAUUUCAGGUCAAAUGCUUUCCUGAUUAUUGACAAAAUGGUGAAUCUGAAUGCAGAACGUGCUGAAAGAGCAACUACAGUGCUCGUGGAUGAGAUUCUUCACAGCAUCUUCUUUUUGGGAAAAAUAGAUGAUCCACAGCAUCCCCCAGAAAGUAUUGUGACUGAUGCCGAAAUGCUGGAUGGCUUAAAGAACAUCUACCCUCGGCCUUUUGACCACUAUUCCUCUCAACUGCCCAAGCGGAGUCCAUUCUCAUGUGUGCUAGACAUGAUUGUCCUCAUGAUUGGACAACAGAAUGAAAGGGAAAUAAAGGAGAAGGUGCGAGAGAUCAGGGAACAACUGAGUAAGGGUAAAACAACAUAUCUUAUCUCCUCCACCAUCUGUGUCUCUCGGAUCCCAAAUUCACACAGGUACUAUGGUGUCUCCAUGUCCACUGCUGGGCGUGAUCCUGGUAGAAUCAUGGUUGCUGCGUCCUGUCUUAGCUCCUGGGACAAGUAUGUGGCUGGUGCAGUGAUGACCUACUACCCAAAUAAUGUCAAGAAACGAUAUUUGGAUGGGACCAUCAAAAGAUGUUUUGAUGGGACCAUCAGACUGCCAGAGAAUGUCAGGUGCGAGGCGUUUAACAUCCUUCAAGGUACACCACUGCCUCCUUGCAGAUCAUGUAGGAAUUUGUUUUUUAAAACAGAUGAAAAAAAAGAGUGGGCCUACGGUAACUGUGCUGAAGUUGAAAGUCUGAGCAACUUGUUUAAGAAUGUUGAAGAAGUUAAAGAGCAAGCAAGACCAACAUUGGCAAAUAACACGGAGGAGAACAGGCGGAGGGCUGAAGAGAGUGUCAAGAAAGAGCUUAGACGUCUGCUGAAAGAGAAGAAAUUUAUUUGGGAUGGAGAAUUCUUCACUCCACAACAUCCUUAACAGAAUGUAAAGAAGUAACGUUCAGUGUGACGCUCGUAGACGGACAUGAAAUUAUAUUAAAUAUUGCAAGUAGAAUUGUUACGGUGCUCUAUUAUAACUUGACCAGAGAGAUUUUCUUUUAAUAAGAGUAUUUACUGUAACAUUAAAGAUACAAAUACAUGUAUGGAGAAGAUUGUAAACCAAAAAGUGUGUCAGCUGUUUAAAGGAAGCAAGCAGAAGAUUAUGUAUUAAAGAUGUCAUUCAUAAUAAAAUUACACUGGUGUGAACUCAAA